AUGGCUUCAUACACGGAGUCAGAGCCGGUGUUCACCAACCGAUGUGAGACCGUUGGUCUAGGCAGUGAGGCCGUGACCAAAUUGAAGGCUGCCGGAAUCAAUACACUUGCUAAGGUGGCAUUCGUUUCGUCUUACGCGCCCGGUGCUGCUUCUGAUGCCGAGCUCAUUAAAGUCCUCAACGAAGCACUCGGGAAGGAGAGUGACGCAGGCCAGAAAGCAUCCUGGCGCAGGCUAUUCCAUGAAGCUUAUGCCGUGGCUACUCAGGAGCUUAAGACGAUGGCCGAGAGGCCAGAUGAGGCAGGGCCAAGACGUCUGUCACAGCCGGAGAGAGCAGAGAGGUACCGAAAAAUCAAGGCAUCUGUUUCUGGGAUCGAUAUCAAGGAUCGGAACGAGCCGAGCGACGCUUUGCUGGACUUGUGUGUGGGCAUCUACGAAGGGAAUCGCCUUCGCUAUGUGUCUUGGGAUCGGUGCACCUCCAAGUCCCAGGAGCUCUCGAGUGAGGUGAAGCGUGACAACAUGCUCACUGUGGAUUCCCAGGGGCGCUUGAAAGCUGAGGCUAAGGGCGAUCACAUUAAAGCUGACACGAGUUCGGAGAUUUUGCUGCAGUUCGCACUCUUGCGAAGAGGUCUUGCAUUUGAAAUGUCGAACUUGCUUGACUUUCGUUUGCAUCGCAGGUGGGCCGAAAAAUUGAUAGAGACGAGGAUGGCGGCCCAACUCGACACGCAUUCGCAAGUGUCGUUUGCCCAAUUGGAGGCGGCGGACCAGAAAUUCUUCCAGGAAUUAGCGGACAGGACUCGCGAUGGAGUCCAGGCCACCGCUGUCGGUCGCCCGUUGGACGACUGCUUUGAAGAAGUCUUCAACUUGCCAGAGGUCACACAUGUGAUGCAGCCGUUGCCUAAGCCUAGCGGUCGUGUGGAGCCGCCUCCGAAGCCACGCUGGAGCCCGUACGAUCGCCCCUCAAAGGGUGGUCGGAAAGGCAAGAGCCCAGGCACAGGCAAGAGCACACCGAGGAUGCCCAAGGAGCUUGUUGGCUGCAAGGCGUGCACCAAUCGGGGCGACCCAAUAUGUUUUGGCUACGGCUUGAAAACUUGCUCUGAGCAAGUGGGUCGAGACGAGGUGGCGGAGAUGCCAUCGGCAAUGAGUAGUGGGCAGCUCGGAGUGGGCUUGUCCAAGCGAGCGCGGUCAAGGGACCGUGCUAUUGCACAAGUUGCUGAUUCGGCCGAGGGGUCGGAUUCUGAAUCUUCGAUUUUCGCUGCUGAGCAGGUCGCUUCAGCGCCUUUGUUUUGCAAAGAUCCUGAGCAAUUUUCUGCUGCCGCAUCACUUAAGAAGCCUUUAGAUCUCAGGGAUGUUGUGACCUUGUGCGAUUUGCUGGAGAGUGAGAUUCCGGCAAGAGGGAACAAUUCUGAGGACGAGUUCAGCUGGAGCACAGGUGCGUAUGUGCAUGGAGGUGUGCACGGAUGCCGACAACAUAUGCAUCAGUUUCCCGUGACUUCUACAUUCCUUGCAAAAGUCUUCAAGGAAUACCACCCGAGGCUUCCCGUGACAACAUUGUCAUUGACUCGCAACGUGCGAACGACCUUGCAUUUGGAUGCAAACAAUGCACUGGGCUAUCUGAACGGCUUGGUUAAGAUUUCGGGGUUUAGUGGUGGGGGUUUGUGGGUCCAGGAUUCAAGCGGAAGCAUUGUGUGCCCCACCGAUCCUUCUCUUCUGGGCUCACACCUCGACUUCAGCGACUUAACUCUUGCCUUUGAUCCGCAUAAGAAGCACCUUACGUUGCCUUGGACUCAGGGCCCACGUAUCGUUCUCAUUGGUUUUGUGGUCAAAGCCCCCGCCGAGAUUCCAGACCAGGCUGCAGAGAUGCUGCUACGAGCGGGUUUCAAUCUACCUUGUCAGGAUACGGCGACUUCUCUGUGUCAGCUUGGGUCGCAUAGUACCUUCUCAGGACUGUCUUCGAGCUCCUUGGUUCCGAAGGCAAAGAGCUCCCGUGGUGCCCCUCUUGUGAUCCAACUCUGCGCCGGGUCAGGCCUUUUGUCAGCCUCCGUCAAAGCUGCAAACAUAGACACUUUGGCGGUUGAUUUUCACGGGAAUCGCACUAAGCCUUAUGUGCAUGUUGUCGGCCUCGACCUCACGCUGCCAGCCUCGUGGGAGUACUUGACGACCGUUCUGGAAAACAGACACGUUGUUCAUGUGCAUGUAACUCCCCCUUCUGGGACGACGCGACGAUCACGUGCAAAAUCGUCGCUUCGAAGUGCUUCCCACCCGUGGGGUGUGCCAGGUCAGGACUCCUCAGCUCUGGCCCGUCUACAGUCUGCCAACCGCAUUUUCAUUCAGCUGGGGGCCUUUUUGCUUCGGGCUCGUGAACUUGAGGUACCGUUCUCGCUUAUGCAUCCCAUGUCUUCCUGGCUUUGGGAGCUGCCUCCCUUCGCCGACCUGCUCAAGGUCACUUCGGAGGCGCCGGUGUAUCUGGUGUCUGACCUACACAGGAUCCAGCAUCUUCGUUUGGUGUACACCCUGUGUGACCUGUCCCCGCUUUCCGCGGCUGACAGAGCCGAUGCCGUGCCAGCCAAACUCUUUUGCGAUCGUUUUGCUGCUGCCUUGUCCACUCAGGUUGCUGCCUUGGGUUUAGGCCCCUCCCCUCUUAGUCUCCCCGAGGUGCGCGCUGCGGCGCAAAACCAGCCGAAGGCGUCCAAGCUGCCACCGCUUGUGCCAGAGUUUGCAUACACGCAGCGCUUACGGUGUGCGGGCCAUCCACCUUUGGAUGCCAAGAACCAGCUGACACAUUCGUGGAACGGCGUGCCCAAACACGCCCGCCUCCUGCGCUCUUCCGCUUCCGAAGGGGGGGCGACUGAGGAAUCCGCGCAGCAAGCGACCAACAUCUCUUUGCAGAAGCCUCGCCAUACUGAGUAUGUGUUCGGUGUGUAUCGCGAGCCGGUGCAAUUUGUGUAUCAGGCUGUCGCACUUCAGCAUCCGUUUGAUGCCGCCAGAGCUCUUCCGGAUAAGCUUGUUCGUGUGCUUUUUGACACAUUGACGAAAGGUCCCUUAUGCAUCAUGCGAAACAGGUUGCUCCUGCUGCAAAAGUGGAACCAGUGGGCGAAGGACCUUCGCUCAGAUGAAGCCGCUCUCCAGGCCUCCCUUCAUCCCUCGGUACGCAAGGUUCUUCAAGGAAAGAAGCUGCUUCUUCUUGACAAGAUUGCAAAAUCUCUUGACUGGCCCGACAAGCACCUGCAUCGCGACCUAUGUGCAGGGUUCAAGUUGUCAGGAGUUCCUGAUCCUACGGGUGUUUUUGAGCCAGACCACAAGCCUGCCUUAUCUUCGGAGGAGCAAUUUUGGGACGCUGCCGAAGUUUUGAAGCAUCAGCUUUGGGCACGGGUGAGGGAGCAGCCGGCUCAGGAGUACGAUGCGGAGUUGGCCGAAAUCACGCUGGGCGAAACCGGUGUUUCUGGAGGAAAAGGGUGGCUCGAGGGUCCUUUGUCAUUCUCUGAGCUCCAGGAGCGCUUUGAAGGCCAGUGGAUGCCGUGCCGAAGGUUCGCUGUAUGGCAAAACAAGUGGAGGCCGAUCGAUGAUCUUAGCGAGUCGGGACUCAAUGCUACUUUUGGCUGCCAUGAGAAGAUUCCCCUUAGGGCUCUGGACGAGGUGGUCUGGAUUUGCACCAAGAUAAUGCAGGCUGCCUCUGCUAGGGGCGAUGUCACUUUGCAUCUGAGCUCGGGCGAAACCUUGAAAGGCAAGCUGCAUGACCAUUGGACCGACAAGGAGAAGAUCAGGCCUGUCACUACAACGUUUGAUCUUAAAUCUGCUUACAAACAACUUCCGCUCGCACCGGAGGAACAAAGUAAGGCGAUUGUGACCAUUCGACAUCCUUCACAGACCGAGCCGUCCGGCUACAUAUGCAACACUCUUCCUUUCGGAGCCUGUGGAUCUGUUCUUCACUUCAACAGAGUUUCGGCUCUGCUGAGAAGGAUUAUGCUUGAGAUGGAGAUCUUGACGGCGCUUUAUUAUGAUGACUAUCCAGUAGUGACGCCGAGCCUCCUUGGCAACAGCACGGCUGCAGCCUUUACUUCAGUGAUGUCGCAGGCCAUCGCCGCUGCCAUUGAGGAGAUUAUCACCAGAGGGCACGUCGCACCUCGCGAGUUGCCUUCUUUGUUCGGCAGACUUCAGUUCGCCGAGGCACAGGUCCUUGGCAGAAUGGGCAGGUUGGCGAUUCAUGAUCUCAGAAGUCUUGAGAGGUGUUCUGCUGCGCGUGUCAACCUCACAGCUCAGCAUCUUGAAGCCUUGUUGCUCUUGAAGGAACGCGUUGUGUCCGGAGCUCCGAGAACUGUUUCAGCUUCAGCUGCGACUAGUCCUAUCGUGAUCUUCACUGACGGCUGCUUUGAGCCGGAUGCUGCAAACCCCGCCGGUGUGGGGGGGGUGAUGUUCGCUCCCUCGCUUAGUGGAGGCUUGAAGGUAAGGGCCUUUGGCUCGCUUGUUCCGAAGACGUUGCUUGAAGCUUGGCAUGCCAAGGGCAAGCGACACCUCAUAGGACAGGUUGAGAUGUUCGCUGUCAUCAUUGCCAGAUCGUGCUGGGCGAACGUCCUGGACGGUGCCAGGGUCAUUUAUUUCGUCGAUCACAGCGGGGUGCUUGCAGCUUGCAUAAGCGGAUCCUCCAAAGAAGAUACCUGGAGAAAGCUCUUGUGUGCACUCGAGAAAGCUGAUUCACUGCCUGCCUUGCAAUGGUUCAGUCGUGUUCCUUCGCACUCUAAUAUCUCUGAUGGACCAUCAAGAGGUCGAUGGGAGGGCCUUUUGAGAGCCUUCCCGGAGUGCGCGAUCGAUGUCAAGCGGGGCGAGCGGAGUGCUCUCGAAGCGAAGUGCUUCUUUCUUGUGGCGGUAUACAGAGUGAUUGGCAACAUGACAGCCUAUGAAAGGGCCUGUGGGGCUAAGUACAGUGGGCGAAUUGCGCCGUUCGCCGAACCGGUCUACUGCCAGCUUGAUGUUAAGCAGAAAGGUGACAAGCGGUGGAUGCUUGGAAUCCUGGUGAGCAAAUCCUCGCUCAACGACAUGUACAUCAUUGCUGGCAAGGACGGAAUACGACUGUCACGAUCCAUCCGCCGUGUGGGUCAACCUUGGGAGCUUGAAGUGCAGCUCUAUCGUGAGCUGAAGGGCUAUCCUUGGGAUUAUGGAAGUGGUGUUAUAGGCACCAAGUUUGUGGCAAUGCCGAAACAACGGCAUCCGGCUGUGGAUCCAGUGCGGGAUGUUGCACCGCCAAGGUCCCCUGAUGAGGCUGCGAGCGAGCCCCCAACACCUGCAGUUGAGGCACUUGGGAUGCCGGUUACGCCGUUGGGCGGGGCCGGAGCGAUGGCGCCACCGAGGCGCAAUGUGCCCGAUCCACCUAGCACGCCUGAAGCAGAACUGCCACCGUUGAAGAAACUGCGCAUUCGUGCUGUGACUUUUGGUGAGCAGUCUUAUGAAGUGAACGAUGAAGGCGAGUUUGAUUUGGACCAGCCUGACGGCUGGGAAGUGCAGACCAAGCUUUGGUCCAUGGAGUCCGAGACGGACGACAGUUUCAUGAAUGAGGUGAAGGCCAAUCCCGAAGCGGAAGUGGCCGAAGAUGAUGACAGACUGUGGUUUCCCGACAAUGGAAGGGAGCCAGAGCUCGAUGAUGCCAUUUUGGCCGAGCUUGACAACCUUGCUGAUCAAGUUGAGGUCAGCAGACUGCUGAAGAAAUCUGUGCUAAGACAUGCCACGAGUGAUGAUGAUCUGGGUUCGAUGAAGAGCCUCACUACAAAGUUUGUUCGAACGUGGCGGCACAAGAAGCGGAAUGGGGUUCCUUCAUGGUACCGCCGAUCCAGACUGUGUGCUCGGGAGUUUCGGUGGUUGGAUGAGUCCAAAGAAGGGUUGUUUAGCCCUGCUACAAGCACGGACAUUGUGCGCCUCAUCCCGGCGCAGUGGCUGAAUUGGAAGCAAUCGCGGCCAUCCGAGCAGUAUGCCAUUUUGGCGCUCGACGUGAAAGAUGCAUACCUUGAGGUUCCCCAGCCGACGCCAGUGGUUUCCAAAGUGCAAGGUCAAGACCUCGUGUUUAUGCGAAUGGUUCCGGGACAACGUGAAGGAUCACAACAGUGGUUCUCACACUUCUGCGAGUAUCUCGGAGAGCACUUCGUGAUUGAAAAGUGCAAGGAGUGCCCUGCGGUAGUGCAUGUCAGCAGCAAGCCAGGAUCUGAUGGAGGUUGUGCAGACAAGGGUCCGGGUAUGAUCCAUGUUGAUGAUUCUUUACUUCUUUUGCCGCUCCAGUGGGCCCGCGAGUGCUUUCUUCCAGUGAUUGAACAGCGAUUUCAGAUCACGUAUGAGCUUGCAUAUGAGGUGGGUCAUUCUUUCAGUUUUCUCAAGCGUGAGCAUACGAUUACAGAACAGGGUAUUGUGAUUCGACAACCCUCUUCCUACAUUGAGCAGAUGAAGCAGACCAUGAAUGUCACGCAAAACAACCGACAACGAGUUCCAUGUUGGAGUGAACUUCGUGCUAAGGACACCACCCGUGAGCUCAACCACACCGAUGCAAGCAAGUUUCGACAAGCAGUGGGAACAGCCUUAUACAUAUCGUGCGACCGGCCCGAUGUGGGCUAUGCUGUGCGCAUGCUUGCAAGCUACAUGGCGAGGCCGACUGAGCAUGCAAAGGUUGGUUUGAUCAAGCUGAUCCAGUACCUUAUCAACACAUGUGAUUAUGGGAUCCUGAUGAAGUUUGCCGCUCCUGGGACAAGGAAACUGAACGGUUAUGUGUAUGAUUCUGGUUGUGCAGAUGACGCUGAGCGUAAUGUACUGGAGGUGUUUUCGGAUGCCGACUGGUCAGGGUCGAAGAAGGAUCGUCGAUCAUAUGGUGGAGCGAGUUUCUGUGUGAACGGACAAUACGUCCACUACAUCUGUAGAUCUCAGAAGUGCAUCAGUUUGAGUUCGAUGGAAAGCGAGUACUACAGUGCUGUGGGAAGCGCGUGCCAGGGGCUGUUCAUGAAGGCUGUGAUCGAGUUUAUGAGCCGGAGCCCCUGCGACCUGAUCCUGUAUGUUGACAACCAAUCGUGCAAGGCCUUCUGUUUGCGUCAGGGAGUUACGAAAGCCAGCAAGCAUUUCGAGGGCCGGCUAUUGUGGUUGCAGGACAUUGUUCAGCAGAAGCGGCUGGUGAUGAAAUACAUCUCGACCCACUUCAAUUUAGGAGACCUUCACACCAAGCCACUUUCCCCAAGCCGAUUGCGAACUCUACUGUUUCUUCAUGACUUUGUGGACUGCCACUCAAGGCCAAUCGGGGAGAAUGAGUGGGAGCACACGUGCACUGCGGCGACGAUCCGAGCUCAGGUCAAGCGUGUUCGUACAGUGGCAGGCAAUGACAUGUCGAACACGUGGGUCAAGCGAGUGGCAAUGCUUUUGCUUAUGAUGCCGAUUCCUGCGGAAGCGAGUGCAGUGACAAGUGUCAACAUGAGUGCAUGCUUCUUCCUUGCAGUGCUUGUUUCGAUGUACAUGGCAGUGUAUGCAAUGGAGAGCACGGCAGAGCAUGGUGCCAAUGGUGGUGAUGAAGGAUGGCUGUAUAUUGCAGCACCCGGCGGGCCGUGGUACCGUCGUGGGGCAAUGUAUGCCGCUUGUGUUAUGAUGGCGACAAUUGCUUGGAGCCUUGGGUCAAUUUCGGUCGGUUUCUUUCGUGAUGUGGAGAUUGUCCGAGAACUUGGAGCUUUGUGUUCGGCUCUAUGGGAUGAGCAGAAAGAUGACAAGAGGGCCUACAUGUAUCAGAGCAUUCUCGUAUGGGCCUUCCACGAAUCGGAAAGCCCCUGCAUCCAGACGGGUCGCAAGCUGGCCAUGAAUUUUCAUUUCCGCUGCACUCAGGCUGACCAGGUGCUUGUGCAUUCAACUGGGUCGGGCAGUGCUCUCGCUCAGUCUGGUGAUCCAGGGGUUUCGGCCCUUUGGGCCAGCUUGCUGCAAGGGCUGGAGCAUAUGUGUCAUGUGCAAGUGCUUCAAGCUGUGGAGGCCCUAGAGGCGGGCCAAUAUAUUCUUGAAGAUACCUUUCCCUGGUUUGCUGCUGAGCUUGCUGUUGAAGCCGGUGAUGAUGUUCCUUGGCACGUUGCAGCCUCGGCUAUCAGGGAUGUCAUCGCAAAUCUUAAAUCCAAUGCCGACGGAAAGAAAUUGCUGUUAGUCAGCUCCAAUGUCACCAAGUGGCGCAAGUCCUUAGCAACCUUUCUUGCGGGGAUCAGGCCAGACCUCUGGCUGGUACAGGAAACACACAUUAAGGAGGAGCAAGGGGAUUUGCUGGCCACUCAUGUUGGGGCCUUUGGCUAUCAGGCCUUCAGCUUGCCAGGUCACCCCACUGGGGGAGGUGGUAACUCAGGAGGCCUUGCGAUUGUGUUUAAGAAGCACCUUGAUGUCCGUAAAAGCCACCACUUCCUUCACCAAGGUGUUGGUUUUCAGUCUGUUGUUCUGCGCAUCCGGGGUGUUGAUAUCUUCCUCGUCAAUGUUUACUUGAAGACAGGGGAGGGUUUCCGGGGCCCGACUAAUGCCAUAAUUCUUUCCAAUUUGAUUCCCUUCCUUAGGUCGCUGCAAGGUGAAUUUCUUGUUGCAGGCGACUUCAACGAAGACAUCAGUGUUCUGGUGACCACCAGUUUGGCGCAGGAAGCUCGGGGCCAAUGGGUCCACACGGGGGCUUCCACGUGCACAGGGGGUGGUAACAUUGAUUUUGGUUUAGUUUCCAAAGGGCUGGCCUUGGGAGUUUCGGUCCGGGCUGACUGGAUCACUCCGUUUGCUCCACAUGCUGCCUUACAUUGGUGCAUUGACAGGAGGCAGUGCGAGUUGAGGUUUCCCCAGCUUGUGGGUUUCAAGCCGAUGCCCAUUAUGCCGCAACCCUUCGAGCCUCCUUUUGCAGGUUGCUCUGGCCCUCAGCCUGAUCUGGAGUCUGCCUGUGCCGGGCACUGGGGUGGCUCCAUACCUGAGCCGGCCCUCACACAUACCUUUGAGCAGCUCAGUAGCUCUGUUGAGUCAUCGGUCUAUGGCUGCACUCAAGGUCGAGGCUGCCUGCCCAAAUUUCGCCGUGACAAACUCCUGCGCCAUACCUCACCUGUGGGUGCUUGGGGAGGGGCUCAGGCCUCUUUCUGGAAGCGGGUCCUUGUUUGGCUGGAACUUUCGGCGAAGCGGAGUUGUCCUGCACCCUUUGGCCACACAUUUUGGUCGCAGCUAGAAUUGAUGUGGCACGGAUCCACAGCCGAGCUCAGUGUUUUCCAAGUCCAGCUUGAUGCUGUUCUUAAAGGUGCUACGCCCUCGGCUUUUCCAGAGUUGAUUCAGGUAUCGGAGCAACAAUUUCGUCACCAUUCCAAAUUGUGGAUGCAGAAGCAGAGCGCAAGCUACGGUAAGUGGCUAAAGCAGGCUUCGUGUAAAGGCUUGCGUGGCCUUUUUACCAGUGUUAAAGCGGAUGAAGCUGUCCAGCUGCGCCCUUUCUUGCACCAGCCUGUGCAGGAGCGCAUCUACCUUAGGUGGAGGCAGUGGUUUGAGCUUUGGUCCGCGCCGGGUGGGGUCGACCCGGCGCUCCUCAGUGAUCUCAGGCAACGUGCCCGAAUGCAGGCCAAGGAGCUUGGGCCGAUUCCCCUAGAUCAGGCGGUUGCGGCGUUCAAGCGAGUGCCCAGCAAGGCACCAGGUCUAGACGGGUGGACAUUUGAGAUGUUAAAAAAUUUGCAGCGACCGGCUGUUGCAUCCAUCAUUUCAUUUCUUCACCACUGUGAAACUGAGGCCACUUGGCCUGCCCAGAUGGUGUUUGCACUUAUAGCCCUCCUCCCAAAAAGCGAGAAGCGGGAGAGACCAAUAGCACUUUUGCACGUGCUUUACCGCACUUGGGUGCGCAUGAGGUGGAAAUUGGUCUCCGAUUGGCAAUUCCAGUACUGUAAAGCCGCGGUCUGGGAUAAGGCAAUGCCUGGGAGUCAAGUGCUGGACGUCGCUUUGGGACGCUUACUUAGAGGCGAGGCGGCUAGACAGUCCGGUCAGCACUUAGUUACAAUUUUCAUUGAUAUGGAGACUUUCUAUGAUAGAUGCCGUUUUAAUGAUGUCAUUUCUUCUGGCCUUUCUUUGGGGUACCCUCCCCUGGUAUUGCACCAGGCCCUUCUUACGUACAUGGGCCCGCGUUUUCUUCAAUCUGAAGGGUCUUUGUGCCCGGCCAUUACUCCCACGAAGGGGGUCCUGGCUGGGUGCCCGGCCGCCCCGUCUAUCAGCAAACUUGUUGUGCACCCCAUUGCAGUUGCGGCCACUUCCAAGCGUGCGACAUCCAAUUUGGACGUAUGGAUAGAUGAUCUGUCCCUUGACUGUGUCGGUGCCUCGGCCAAGCAGAUUGCCUCAGACGCUGUGCUGCUGUUUCGCAGCCUGCGUACCAGCAUCGAGGCAACUGGCCAGUGGCAGGGCGUCUAA